AUGCAGAUAUUUGCAUUGAGGCUGAGUUUUUUGCACAGAGGAGGACAGCAUGAUCCGUGUAGGAAAAGGGGGCUGCUGUUCACAGGUCAACAUUCUAAAAGCGUAAACAACCGAAUAAGGGUGGAUACACUGCAAAACCUGCAACUGUUAUCUCACAACUGCAAGUCGCCAGCGAUUUUGCAAGAAAUUUGGCAAUGCUGGGUGUUUCACUUCCCUGUACAUAAUUCCAGGAUGCAAAGACAUUGCCCACGCAUCUCAUCAUCCUUGGCAUUUUGCUACCGCCGAUCAAGCUCUUUCCUGCUGGUUUGCCUUCUUCUAUUUUGCUGCCCAUUGUGCCUUCCAUGCUUUCCACUUUUAUGUAAUAUGUUGACGAUGCAGCGAGCAUUACUUGCGCAUCAGGGGUUGGAAAAGUACCUUCUCACCAAGCUCCAUAGGCGCACAUUUGCACAAUACUCAGAGGAUGUUGAACGAGACCAUCUGCUCUCCAUACGACUGGCUGCCCUGCAGUUUGUGCGUCCACACCACCUGGAUAUUCCAGAUGGUAUCAUCACACAUGAGACUUUGCUCUUGGCUGUCAAGGAGCUGCAGAAGAUUAACUAUUAUAAGGCUCCCAGGGAUAAACUUGUAUGCAUCCUCAACUGCUGCCGUGUCAUCCAAAAUCUCCUCAAGACAGCUGGGAAAGCAGCCGGAGGUGCUGAUGUUUUCGUCCCCAUACUGAAUUAUGUGGUGAUUCAGGCCGCACCUGAGCACCUAAUAUCCAACAUAGAAUACAUCAGAAGAUUUAGGAUGAAGAGGGAGCUGACAUCCCAUGCGGAAUACUAUUUCAUGCAGCUGAGUGGUGCUGCCUACUUCACUGAGACAGCCGAUGCCGGAUCCUUCACCGAUGGCAGACAGGAGUUCCUUAGCAGUUUCCUUCAGCAUGGCCUGCUGAGUUGGGCUCAGUAUGAGGAAGCAGUGGCUGCAUGCGAGAGUCCCGGGAACAGAGAACCACCAACGCUCACCAGCCCCCGCUGCAAACAAGCCGCGCAAACGAAGUCACCAGUGGAUGCUGCGACCACGGAAGAUGGCCCUGUGGAUAAGCAAGCGGGCCCCCCAGCCUGUGCAAUGCAGUGUGGCCAGAUGGCAUCAACAGAGCUAGAGAGCUGGAACUCUGUGUUGGCAGGAGUGAACUCCUUGUGCGACCUGGAGAGCGAGGGUGCCAAACUGCUGGUGCAAGUCGGAUCUGCUACUAAGCUUGCCAUGAAGCACAAAUUUCUCCCAUUUUCGCCACCAGACCUCACUGUGGGUCAAGUUGAAGUGCUCCUUUCUGAGUACAAGGCACUUGCUUUGACCUAUGAAGUGCUAAAGGAGGGACUGCAAAAGGCAGAUGCAGACACCACUGCAAGAGUCAUGGCCGAGUCCAAGGAGGGCCACAAGUGGAAGUCCAUCUGGCCAUCCAAUGGCCACCUUGUGGAGAGGCACCCUUACCUGUGCAUGGGGGUCUAUGACCUCACCGUCUCCAAUGUGGCGGACCUUUUGUUGCAGUACAAAGAGCUGGCCCUCAAACAUGAGGCCCUGGAACUGGCAUUGUGCAGGCGGGUGGAGCAGUACUGGGAUGCCCUGGCCGAGAAAGACCUUGCAGCCAUUUGUUCAGAGCCCAAAUCUGAGAACCCCAGCGUAGAGAGGUUGGACUCUUUGGGGUCUGAGCCCAAAGACCUGGUGGAGGAGCUGAACCAGCUCCGAGCAGAGGUCAGUCCGCCCCCCAGCUCGAAUGGCGUUGGUGUGGAUGAAGCGGUGGUGGCAGCAGGAGGCCCUGUGGACAUGAUACAGGGGACGAUUGGAAUCGAGCACAGCCGAAAGAGGGAAGAUGUUAGCGGAAAGGUUGGGAGCAUGCCCUGUGAGGAUCUCCCACAGCAAUCGUUCACUGGUUCUCUGAUGGAUGCACCAGUCCAACUACUGGAUUCCGACCCUGGAGAUUUGUGUGGGGUGCAGUGUGGCAUCGAACCGGUGGAGUCACAAGCCACCGACAGGCCAGGUGGCCAGAAGAAUGGCUCCAUACCUGGACUGGGAUUGGACAGUCAAGGUCCACUGCAGCAUGGUGUGGAGGCUGGGGUUGCUUUCAUGGGUGGGCAGCAAGGCUCUGACAUUGAUGGUGGGACCUCUACAGGGUUUCACCAUUCUGUGUCCCUGGCUGAUGGGCUGUUUGCUGGCCUGUCGAUAGCUGCACCGUCAGAGGUGCCAACUUCUGCGACUGCGGCCAGGGGACAAGAAAGUGUGGAUGCCCUCAGUGCAGGUGCAAUGGACCAGAAGAUGGCGUUUGGGUUUCGAUGA